AUGCGCAAGCAGCAGCGCUUGAAGAAUGGUGGCCAAGAUCCGCCUGCGGAGCUGGGUAGCAUCUUCCAACCCUGUCAGCACCUUGGCCACGCAAACAAGGAAAAUGUCCCCACAGCCUCUGGCGAGGGGAAUCAAAAGACAGAAUGGGAAGAUGAGGCCACAAAGGAUUUGGCAGACGCCCGCUGCUCCAUUCUAGCAGUUCAGGAGGAGAAAGCCUCUUUGCUUGCCCUCACAAAGCAAAGUGGGCUUCGCGAGUACACCUUUGACCGAGUCUUCGGCGAGCGCGCGGAGCAGGCAGACAUAUUUGCUGGCUCCGCGCGGCGCUUGGUCAUGGAGUUUCUGAACGGUACGAGUGCGAGCAUCAUCUGCUACGGGCAAACUGCCAGCGGCAAGACUCACACCAUGUUCGGGCCGCCACAGAAGGGGCUUGCGACGACGUCAGCGGAACUGCAGGGCUUGGUUCCCAGAACCUGUGCUGAGGUUUUGCGGACUGUGGAGAUCUGGCGCCAGCGAGGUAUUGAGGUCCACCUGUCUGCAAGCUAUGUCGAGCUCUUCGGCAGCGAGGUCUCGGACCUCCUGCGGGAUGGCCAGGUUGUGGGACAGGGCAGACAAGGCCGUUAUGCUGCAGUUCGUGCUACAGACCGCGUCGGGCACAGGUAUGUCUUAGACGGGCACACAGAGUACCACAUCGAGUCUCUGGAGGAGGUCUACGAGCUGCUGCAACACGGUGAAGUGGCCAAGCGCCGUGCCGCCACCGCCAUGAACGAGAGGUCUACUCGAGCACACACUGUGUUUGUCCUGUCCCUGUCGGUGCAGCGACGACAGCGACUGUCCUGCGAAGGUGACCUGCAGCUGCCCGCUCGGAGGAGUCGCUUCUACUUCGCUGAUCUUGGUGGAUCCGAGCAGCUGGCAAAGAGUAAGGUGGAAUCGGCCAAGGCUCCUGUGACGGUGGUCGGCGGUGAGGAGCAGAGCCGCAUCUCCUGGCAAGAGUUCUAUCUCCAUCGACAGAGACUCCAGGAAACAAUGAACAUCAACAAGGGCCUCUUUUCCCUCAAGAGGGUCAUCGAGGUUCUCCACAGGCGCUCUCGCAUGGCUGCUGAAGGAGUACCUUCCCAUGCGCUUCCAUAUGUUCCCUAUCAGGAUUCAAAACUUACGAUGCUGCUCCAGGAAGCUUUGGGUGGCUCGGCACGAACCUUGAUAAUUACCACUGCGACUAUGGAUCCUGCCCAUGCCGAGGAAUCGUUGCAGACGCUGCGGUUCGCGGAGACUUGUGCCCAGGUCCAAAAACGUCGAGAGGCAGAUCAGGCCGCUUCCAUCACCGUCGCACUUGAGAAGAUUGAGCAGGACAUCAAGAUACUUCAAUCCGAGAUCGCGCGCAAGGAGCGCUGGGAGACACGCCUGUUGCGGCGCAGGGACUUGGACACCGUGGCGGGCGAGUUCGGCGA